AGUGGGGCUGGCAACAACUGGGCCAAAGGGCACUACACGGAAGGUGCUGAGCUGGUGGACUCUGUCCUGGAUGUGGUGAGGAAGGAGUCGGAGAGCUGUGACUGCCUCCAGGGCUUCCAGUUGACCCACUCGUUGGGUGGAGGCACGGGCUCUGGGAUGGGCACCCUCCUCAUCAGCAAGAUCCGGGAGGAGUACCCCGACCGCAUCAUGAACACCUUCAGCGUCAUGCCCUCCCCCAAGGUGUCGGACACAGUGGUGGAGCCCUACAACGCCACCCUCUCUGUGCACCAGCUGGUGGAGAACACGGAUGAGACCUACUGCAUUGACAACGAGGCCCUGUAUGACAUUUGCUUCCGCACCCUG